UCUAUUAUUCGGUUUAAAAAUAAAAACGAUUCCACGUGAACAUAUUUGGUGAAUCACAAUCUUAUGAGAUAAACCGGCGGCUUUGGCCAAUAUUAAUUCGGGAGUGAUUUGAUUGUGAUAGAGGGCUGCCGCCGGGUAUUGGCGGUCUUAAGUGAACUUGUGAAACUGUGCUUGUGGUGGCUGCGGACGCGGCGCUCAACAUGUGAGGUUAAAGCAGAUAGACAAACAGACGGCGGCAAGGAAAACAAUUUAAAUUAACGUCUCGUGGAGAUUAACCAGCAGCCGGGAUCUGGUGACGUAUACCACCUGUGCAUCCUAAAGUUAAUGUGGAAGACCUAAUUGGAGCGUAAUGGACUCUCGAAUGCUGAACGUAUUCCAGGAAGAUCCCUUCGAGGGAAGCUUUGCUAAAUAUGAAACUGAACCAGACUUCUGGUCACCCAAUAAUGAUCUUGAGCUGACAGACACACUCAACGGCAUUCUGCCAAUCGCGCCCACAGACGAAUCUCUGCUGACACCCAGCCGGGAGGAGGAGCUGCAAAACAGAAAGAACCUGCUGAUCUACAGUGACUUUGUGGAGCAGCAGCUGGACGGCGAGGAUGCCAAUCUGCUCAAUGCCAAGGUCUACAAUGAGGUGGAGGCGGUCUACGAUCAGCAGCGCCAGAUUAGUGCCAUCGUGGACUACGACCGAGAAGAUGAUACCCACGACGAGGAUGACGUGCAGAGCCAGUGCAGUAACUCCACAUUUCGCACGCGCACGGACAGUUCCUCCAUUGGUGACUACGAGUCGCAUUCCAGCGACUACGAGGACGAGUACGAUGAUAUCGUCGACGGGGACUUGAACAAUGGCACAGUCCCCAGCUUGCAUCAAACCAUCAUAAAUGAGCGCAAGAUUCGUACCCUAAGCACCAAUACCAUUACCUCAGAGAAUGACGCAUUCGGUCUGAAUAUUGAUGUAAAUAACUUUGACUUGGCUGAUUUUAUCACCAAAGAUGACUUUGCCGAGAACCUCAACGCUUGCCGCAUAAAAGAGGCUAUAAAAACGCAAGCACCAGCUAUACACAUUGCUGAGACAGUGAGAGCCCCAGCUCCUGCUCCUGUCCCUGUCCCCACUUCUGCUCCCAUUAGUCCCCCAAACGUGGUGGUGCCAAGGCCCGCAGUAAUUCCCUCCAAGGGUCUCAACUCUGAUGAUGAUGAUGAUUCCGACUCGAUCAUUGAUGUUGAAACUGUAGAUGUUGUCGAUGUGGACGAGACUUUAUGGGCAGCUGGACAAGCUGCCGAUGAUUUAUGCUUUGUGGACAAUGUGAAGGACGAUCCAUCCUGGUGUCCCAAGGUCAACAAGAAGCCUACCGUGUCACCGGUUAAGGAGCAGCAUAAAUCAGCACCGCAGCCGGUAGAAGUCCCGGUUGUAGUUGCAAGCAAGCCCAAGACAGCUGCAAACAUAUGCUUGGUGCCCAACAAGAAGCAGUGCGACUUCCUUAAACGAAAGGUUGGCUCCUCCGUUACGAGCAAGUCAAGCAAGUUGGCAGCCAAAAAAGCGCAUGAUGCCACAAAAACUGUUGGCAACAAACAGCCGGCAGUAAGCCAAGUUCAAGGCAAGGGAUUGGGUUCGAGUGGAAAGAACCUGUCGCUGCUGAAGCAGGAAAGGGAAGCCGCUGCAGCGGUAGAAGCGUCUGUACAACCUUCUCCCACAAUUACGCCAACGCCAACGCCCACACCCACACCCACGCCGUCUACGGUAACGGCUACAAAGCGAAAACUGAACCUAGAGGAAUAUAAACAGCGGCGUUGUGGCGGCGCUUUAGCUGUCCCCAAAACGAAGCCCCCUCCUGCUAAGCAGCCAAAGUUGGAAACCCCUUCACCUUUGCCAGUCCCUGCUGUGAAACCAACGCCAUCGCCCCAGAAAGCUGUUAUAGCCAAUAUAGUAAGCAGUCUAAAGUGCCCCAGCAAAGAAGUCAGUGCCGUGCCCAUGGACCCAAUUACCGUGGCCAAGAACAAGGUGUUACGCAUGCUAGAGAUGAAGCGGGCUCAGCAACUCAAGAUCAUCGAUUCACGCGUGUCAGCGAAGGUGCCGCGCGUAACGAAGCUGCCGCCACUUAAGGAUAUUGUCAAGGAUACAUACUGUAUGGAGGUGGAUCCAGAGCCAGAGACUCCUGCCAAGCAGAGCAAUAAGCUCCACCCGGACUACGAGGAGAUCAUCAUUGUUUCGGUUAGCUGCAACACGGAUAUAACGAUACCGCCGAAUCAGCUAAGCAAGGCCUCGCCGCGCUCGCUGCUGAAGUCAUCGGUCCUGCUGUACAAUAUAUCCAAUGGGCAAGAUGCUAACAAAAAUAUGAGCAACUCCCUGAUAGCUAGUAUACAAAGCGAGGUGGUUAGACAAACCAGCUGCACAGCUCUCGCCUCCUUGGCGCAAAAUUCUGCGAAGGCUUCGACUGAUAAAAAUAUUCAGCAUGGCGAGGACAUGGUCAUCAUGCACUUGCCCAAGGAUCGUGUGCGUAAGGCUCUUGUGAGCAUGGCCACCCAGACAGAUCUGCAGCCCGAAUUCCCCCUCAUGGCGCUACCAACCGUAAGAAAGUCUCGUGAGCGAACGCGACGGAAUUAUCGGAAGCGACGGUGUCAUAGAUCGGCCUCGGGCUCAAACGGAUCAAGUUCCUCAAGGGGCUCUUACACGGACUGCAGCAGCUUGGCAAGCUCUCGGUCUCGGUCUAGAUCCAAUUCCAUUGAGCAGCUGCGAGACCUGGAGGCAGGUGCCACUGGUAGCAGUAUUGGCCACGGUGGUGGUUAUUCCUCGCGUAGCACACACCGCCACCGCAGCUCGGUGAGCUCAUCAUCGUACUCAGAGGCAGGGAAGUACGAGCGCCGGCAACGUCGCACUAGUUACAACAAGCGGAGGUCUAAAAACCAAAAACGAAGCUCCUUUUCCUCCUCUGGAUCUGCCUCCGAGAACAGCGAUCGCGAGCGCAGUCGCAGUCCGCAUCGCAGAAUACAGCGGUCGCGCUCUCGCUCCAGGUCUGACACACGGUGCCAAAAUAACAACAAUAGACGCGGAUUUACGGACCGCAACGUAUCGCAGCCCGCUGUGGAGGAGCGUCGCAUCGUCUACGUCGGACGCAUUGAGCAGGAGACUACCAAGGAGCUGCUGCGGCGGAAAUUUUUGCCCUACGGCAGUAUCAAGCAGAUAACAAUACACUACAAGGAGAAUGGAAUGAAGUACGGCUUUGUGACGUACGAGAGAGCGCAGGACGCAUUCACGGCCAUAGACACGAGUCCCAGGGACCCCCAAAUCAACAUGUAUGAUAUUAGUUUUGGCGGCAGGCGUGCCUUCUGCCGUGCUUCCUACGCUGACUUGGAUAACGCUGGUAUCAACAACUACCACACGUAUGUGUUUCCCCAGGAGACCCCAGCUCCCAAAGUGCAGGAGGAGGAUUCCUUCGAAGCUUUGUUGCGGAAAGUGAAGGCGAAGCUUAAUGCUGGCAAGCCUGCAUCCUCCGAGGCGGCAACUGUUGUUUUGGAGGCACAGCCUGUACCCCAGAAUCAGGACCAGCAAUGACAUAUUGGCAGAAAAAGGCUAACAUUCUUAUUUUUGCAUAUUCUGAGAAUGUGAGAAUGUGUCCACUACUACCUGCUUGUAUCUUUCUGCAUGAAUAGUAGUUCAAUCCACGAAGUUUCUAGCUGCACAACUUAAUAGCCUGAUAAUGAUUCAUAACUAAUCAUAUGAACUAGUUGACAGCAAUUCAAAAACUAGGAUAAAUUUAAUGACCGAUAAUGAAAACAAAACAAAAACAAAACGGAAGCAACAAGAAAUUGAAACGAAAAUGGAAUUGUGAUAACCGCGUAAUGCAAACAAAGUCAUUUAUUGCAUGUAAGUUAGCAGAAGAUCCAUAGAAAUAGUUAAUCCAAUCCGAUUAGAGCUUCGUAACAAUCUAUUAAACCACCAAACCAAUGGAACUGAAUACAGAAACA